GGGCCGCGUCUGGCCAGUUCGUCAGGCCAGUUCCCCUCUGCUCCCGGGCGGACACACAGGGACCUGACCUGCUGCCGGGCACUUAGGACGUCCACCAUGAAGCUCUGGCUGCCCUUGGCGUGCUUGGCCGCUGUGGCCGCAGCAUCCGUCACCCCGGGCCCUGUGCUGGAGGCCUCUCCCCAAGGGCUGAAGCUGACCAAACUGCAGCCGGUGCAGCUGGUGCCACCCCCUGCCGACCGCCCGGGCACAGAGGAGGACACUGGGACGACAAGCCCACCUCUACCUGGGACCGAAGCCCACCCCGAAACGGUGCCCAGCUUGGCUGCAGCCCUCAACGUCACGGAGAGUCCCAGCCCGGGCACAGAGGGGGCCACGGGGCCAGCAAGCACCCACCCCAGCCCCACGGAGCCGGAGGGGCCGCCCGAGGAUGCAGUCACCCUGGCCAGCAGGACCACAGCAGCACCUGUGCCCACAACCACGGAGGGGCCCACCAGCGCCCCAGGCACGACUGCCCCACCGUGCCCAGGGGACGAGGAGCCGGCUGAGGCCUGUGGGGCACCCACAGGGGCACAGACAGCUGCGGUGGCUGAGGCGCUGAGCACCUUUGCCCUGCGCUUCUACCAGCGGAUGGCAGAGGCCACCGACCCUGGCUCCAACCUGCUCUUCUCACCCAUCAACGUGGCCUUGGCGCUGUCACACCUCCUGCUGGGUGAGGGGCAGGGCAAUGCCACGCUCACUGCUACAAGCACUGCAAUGGGCACCACUGUGGGCACCACUGUGGGCACUGCUAUGGUGACCACAAUGGGCACCGCUGUGGGGUACUGCUACGAGCACUGUGAUGGGCACCACCAUGGGCGCUGCUAUAGUGACCACCAUGGACACGGCUAUGGUGAUGGCAAUGAGCACUGCUAUGGGUACCACUGUGGGCACUGCUGUGGGCACCACCAUGGGCACCACUGUGGGCACCACCAUGGGCACUGCUAUGGUGACCACCAUGGGCACAACUAUGGUGAUGGCAAUAAGCACUGCUAUGGGCACUGCUAUGGGCACUGCUAUAGUGACCACAACGGGCACGACCAUGGUGAUGGCAAUGAGCACUGCUAUGGGCACCGCUGUGGGCACCGCUAUGGGCACCACCACGGGCACCGCUAUGGGCACCACCACGGGCACCACUGUGGGCACCACCAUGGGAACAGCUACAUAUGA